AUGUUCUCAAAUCACGUCUAUAGCUAUCCACCACAAUAUAAUGAAAAUAUAUUAACACAAAAUUUAGCCGGUCUUUCUCUCAAUUCUGUGCCAUCACAACAAGACUCACAAUUACGACAAAAUUUUGAUUUUGGAUCAUUUCAAUUUCCACAACAGCAACAACAACAACAACAAAUACCCAUUGAUAUUGGCGGGUAUGCUCCACCAUCACUCGAUGAAUCAAAUGCAAAAUGGUCAUCGCCAGAUGAUGCCAAUGUUUCCUAUCAGCGUGGAUCGACUUUUGUUCGUCAAUAUAAUAAUUCGAGUAUUGAUGAUUAUUAUAAAAAAUUUGUUCGCCCCAUUACUGAUUAUGUUCCUAUACCAACAAACGGUCAACCAACGUAUGUUUAUCAAAAUUUAGAUGGCCAACCAACAGCACCUGGAACAGUACCAACACAACCGCCUAUCGUCGGAGGUGAAGCACCAAAUACUAGUAAUUUAACCGUAUCAACAAGUGCUUCACAAUCAAAUACAGAUGGAACAGCUGAAGAGAAAAAACAUAAGAAAAAACAUAAAAAACGUUCAUCAAAACAUGGUCAUGGUGAAAGUAGCAAACAUACUGAUAGUGAAAAAGUAACUGAAGAACGAAAAAGUGGAUCAACAAAGCUUGCUGAUCAACAGCAAGUAUCUUCUGCUGCUCCAGUUGUCAACGCGUAUCAGCAACAGCAACAGCAGCAAGUGAUUUCGGCUCCUCCUGAAAAACAAGUACAUAGUGCCAGUACUCAGAUGCCUAUGAAGCAUGACUCCAAUCCAGUUGUCUAUUUCGAUAUUGAAAUCGAUGGUGAUUCACGAGGUCGUCUUGUUAUGGAACUCUUUCGUAAUGUCUUACCACGUACAGCACAAAAUUUUCUAUCAUUAUGUUUAAAUGAUCAUGGUUUUGGCUUCCGGCUAUCAUACUUCCAUCGAAUUAUUCCAGGUUUUAUGGCUCAAGCUGGAGAUUUCGAAAAAUCAAAUGGCACAGGUGGCUAUUCAAUUUAUGGAGAAAAAUUUGAUGAUGAAGGUUUUCCAUAUACACAUGAUCGUGCUGGUCUUUUGUCAAUGGCAAAUAGUGGCCCAAAUACAAAUGGAAGUCAAUUUUUUAUUACAUUUGCUCCAUGUCCACAUUUAGAUAGGAAACAUGUUGUUUUUGGACAAGUUUUACAAGGCUUUCAUUUAUUGAACGAUCUAGAAAUGAGUGGAUCAGAUAAUGGUGAGGUAUCCCGAGAAGUUAAGAUUGCAAAUUGUGGUUCACUUCAAUAA